CAGCCCUUCCUGGGAUCAAAUUCUGUUGCCUGCAGAGCCAACAGCUCCUCCUCAUCCGCCCUGCCCCACUGGGGACCUCUCCUAGGGGAGGGGGCCUGGUGUCCUCAACCCUGCCCCUUACUGCUCCUUUCUGCCCUCACUUCUCCCAGGGGACGUCUGCACACCCUGCUGUUCCAGGGGUGAGCCUCAUGGGCGGCUGACCGCCCAUGCUCACCUGUUCAUUUGUUCAUUCAUGAACUCUACAGUGCACAGGCCUGCUCAUUCCAGGAGGGAAGACUGUUGUCAGCUAGGAGAGUAAAAUGUAUGGAAGGUCACUGGGGGUCAGUGGCCUGACACCAGUAGUGUGGCAGCACCUCAGUGUCUGGCAGGCGUUACGGCUUGCUGGUGAGGCUGGGUUAAAGGACGUCAGGAAAGGGCUCCACGGUGGCCAUAGGCGGACCGUGCUGCAGCCCCGCCCCUGCUCAUUCCCCGUGGUGCAGCCUUGGCAACAUCCUGCCUGGACAGGCGUGGGAGAAAAGGUGGGGAAGAGCCCACAUACCACCACCUGCGCCAGGAAGCAGCCAAGCAAGCCUGGAGCUCACUCCUGGAUAACAUGCCGGAAACUCCUUCUGUGCCUCACCAGUUGUCACCACACUGAUUCUAAAAAUCGUCUCUUUAUUCCUGAGGAAGCAACUGGAGGACUUGACUGCAUUUGCUCUUCAAAUCUCCCACCUGAGACUGACCGUAGGCCCCGUGGGUUCUCACUGCUGAAUCCUAAGGAGUUGGCGAUGUGCUGGGGAAUGGAUGGCUCUGGGCACCACGCCAAUGUGGGGCAGGUGUCUGCAGUAGAAUCCUCUGACUAUGAGGUAGUGUGGGGCCAGUGUCUGCAGCAGAAUCCUCUGACUAUGAGGCAGUGUGGGGCCAGUGUCUGCAGCAGAAUCCUCUGA